AUGGGUGACUACGCAACCAUAGUUUUUAAUGCUUUCGUUGGAUUUAUCUUAUUGUUCGCAAAUUUAAAAGGUAAGCUCGCGGAUAGUUCGACUUAUGUAGAAAACGUUGUUCUUUGUUAUUUUAAUAUGCUUGCAUGCGUGAUCUAUAUACUUGUAAAAUUGACACCAACUCGCAAAAAUCAUUCCUGAAACUGUUCAGAUAUCGGGAAAAUAUUUAUAGAAAGAAGAAACCCUUCUUUUCAUCAUAUAUUUCCUGUUCUCUGCCUUUGGUCUAUUAAUUACCUGUAGCUUUAUUUAUACUGCGGAAUAUAGUUCUAUCAGUUCUAAAUUGUUCUCCACAGAGGUCCAACAUGAGCCAUCCCUUAUCAGUUGCCCAUGUGUUACCACAUUACAGCAGGAAACCUAAACUAAACUAACUUUAUACCUAUUUCUAUGGUCUUUCGCGUACAGUCAGUGAUGGAACGAAGACGAAUGCAACACGCUUAAUACAUGACUUGUUGAAAAACUACGAUAAAGAUGCUAGGCCAGUGAAGAAUGCUUCCGAAGUCCUGACUGUGAAAGUUAAACUUGCAUACAACCAAUUACAAGAUUUGGUGAGUAAGUUCGACUGAUUGAUAUUGAUUGGUAUUGAUUGGUACUGAUUGGUAUUGAUUGAUACUGAUUGAUAUUGUCUGAUGAUGAAUUUAUAAUAAGUUCAAAAUAUUGAAUCUUAUCUCCCCCUUUUUCCCCCUCGAAUUCAAUGACUAAGAUCCAAGCUUUAUCUGAAUUCCAGCACAGGAAUGAGCUGGCUAUACUGAAGUAAUUUGAUUACUGUAAUGAUUGAAGCUUUUUCAAAUAACCUUAAAAACGGCUAAGUACGGCUAAAGCAAUGCAAUGUUUGCUGUAUAAUUUCGACUGGCUAUGAUUGUUACAACUUGUUGAGAAGCUUGCUACAAGCCUGUUGCGAACACAUCUUGUUGACAAAUUGUGAGAUUUUUACCAAUUUUACGUGUUUCUUGAUAGUGAUCCAAAUAUAUUUGCUUUGCCGUUUAAGAAUAACUAUCUACACUUUCUUCCUUGUUAGGACGAACCAACGCUAAUUCUUCACUCUUGUGUGGAUAACACUGGUAAGCGGUUUCAGAAUAACACCGAACCAAUAAGAGAGAUGCAGUCAGGAACGUGUCGUUAAGUGUUUGUCGUGAAUGAUUAUGAUGCUUGUUUCCAUAUUGUUGAAACUGUCGUGACAAUAUCGUGCACUGUCACGCGGACUGAAUUAACUUGCGACAGUGCUGCACUGUCGCAAGUUAUUUUCCUAUCCAGUGUUCGUGCAAGCAGCUGGUGACAGUUUUAAAAAGAGGACCCUUGUCCCCCUUCCCUGAUCGUCGCAAAACUGUUGCCACGGUGUCGUUUUUCUGUUUCCAUUAAAAAAUAACCGUCACGACAUGUUUUUAACCUGUCGCAACUGUCGUCAAGUCGGUCAAGAUAGAACUCGAGUCUAUCUCGACGACACUGUUGUGAACUGUCGUGAACUGUCGUGAACUGUUGCCAGCGUCUGGCGACAAGACUUUUCCUCACGUUUCCAUUUGGUCGCGAACACUAUUGUGACAACCGUAGUACAACAUGCAUGUUCGCGACAGUUACGACCGUACGCAAAUCAGACUUGAGAAGGACAAGAGCUAGCUAUCCAGUAUAGAUAAAGUUAGUUUAACUCUCUGAUUGAGAACUGUUGAAAUUGAAAUAAUGACAGAGGGAAUAUUUUUGUAUUUCCUAUAGUACUGGAAUGACGAGCUCUUGAAAUGGAAUGCCAGUGAUUAUGGCGGACAAUCAGUCCUCAACCUUCAUCCAUCACGAAUGUGGACCCCUGACAUUGAACUCUACGACAAGUAAGGGACCGUUCAUUAUUUAUACCCGGGGUUGGCACCGAUGAGAUAUGGGUCGGGUAAUCACGUUUUUGACUAGCUCAUUAGUUGGGUAAAAAAUUAUGACUGUCUGUCAGCUAUAAAAUCAAAACAAAAUUAUAUGCAUGCACUGGAAGAUAUGAAGAAAAAUGUGUACAAUACAUUCUGUACCAUAGUAGACCUUCCGUGAUUGAGGAAGGACUCUAUCAUUGAUCAGCAAGAACGUGAUUGCUUUGGCACACUCAGUAAGUUUGAGUGUGAGUGAGCUUUUAGAAUUAAGGCAACUUGAUUUCUGUCACCAUAUAAUCUUGUGUGUUUAAUUAUUAUGAAGUACAGUAACACAUGGGUUGGGUAAACAUUAUUUUGACCAAUGUUGAGGUUGGGUAAAUAAAAAAUUUACAGUGUUUUUCGCUUCCCUUCGGUACCAACCCCGGGUAUAAAUAAUGAACGGUCCCUUAGUCUUCACUACAGGGUUCAUUACUCAGCAUACCAUCCUGUGUAUAAGGAGAAAUAGAAUUACUGGUGCGACUUUAAAAAUCGAACACGAAAAUACUAUUGGAACAGUAGCUGUGUUUUAAUUGUAGAAUAAUACCAAAUCUUAUUAAAGAAAAUUAGUAAAAGCUUGCUAUAUUUUCAAUGACAACUUCAGUCUUGCUAAAAUCUUAAGAGGGGCUAAGCCCACCCCCGAAAUGACAUUUUAACAAACAACCCUUCUGCUACACCACUCAUGGAUAGCGCUCUCCAGUGGACCAAACCAAUGGAUGGAUUCUAGCUAUGGACAAAAUUUUGAUCUAGGCAAGAAGAACGAAAUCCAGCACCACAUCUAGAAAGAGCAUCUUAAAAUGAGUAAAAGUGCAAAAUUUGGUUUCGAAAUGUUGUAAAAUGAAGAAAAUAUAGCCCUGCAAAUUUUGUAUAUAUUUGUAUUAUGCGCGGUAAAAAUAACCACUUUCCGCUCAAAAAUGGUUGUUUUUCCCGCGCGUAAUGCAAAUAUUUUACAAAAUUUGCGAACUUCACAGGGCUAUAUUUUCCUCAUUUUACAGCAUUUCGCAACCAAACUUUGCAGGCUUUGCAAUUUUACUCGUUUUAAGAUGCUCUUUCUAAGUGUGGUGUUGGAUUUCAUCCUUCUUGUCUAGAUCAAAAUUCCAGUCGUCCGUAUAGCGGGAAUUAUCCAAUAUUAGGAAUGAUGCUUUCUGAGACUAUGCCGAGAACAAUUUUAAAAGGUAGAUAGCCACAGACCCUUACUCCACACUGAAGUAUGAGCAAAAAUACCCAAGGUAUUUUGUGUUUCUUUUUAGCACGAAAGAAGACGAAGGUCAUAUAUCCAAUGACAAGUUCAGAAUCCUGGUGAAUUCAGACGGGAGUGCGACUUGGUUCAUAACAAAAAUCUCACGCUCCGCUUGCCCUAUCGAUGUCUCGAAGUUCCCUUUCGACACGCAGAAAUGCAAGAUAAAGCUCGGGUCUUGGACUUACGACGGACGAGCGCUUGACCUAAAGUUAGACAGCAAUGCCGUUGAUUUAGCGCAACAUAAAGAGAAUUCGGAGUGGAAAUUGAAAUCAGUCACCUCUAAAAGACGCUCGGUGAAGCACGAAUGUUGCCCUACACCGUUUAUUGAUAUAGUUUACAGUUUGGAAUUCCAUCGUAAAGCAUUGUAUUAUAUAAUGACCAUUAUUAUCCCCUCUAUGCUUUUGUCUUUGCUCGCUUGUAUUUCAUUCCUAUUUCCCGCCGACUCAGGGGAGAGGGUGUCUCUUGUCAUUUCGGUGUUGCUCGGACUUGUCGUGUUUAUGCUUAUCGUGAACGAUCGUACACCGGUCACUUCCGAUGCUGUUCCGAUGGUAACUGAAUUCUUUAAUUCUAUUGCUGCAACUACUGUGUUAGCCCUCCUGGCAACGGCCUUUAUACUUCGCUUAAAUCACGUAUCCUCAGGUGUGCCUGUGCCACGGUGCUUGGCACGAGUCAGAGACUGCAUCGCGGUCGCUCUUUGCAUGAAGAAAGAGUCGCUUCCAAAACGAGUGAAGUUAAAUUUUGAGGAGAUAUUACUCAGCGAAUCGUCUACACAAUACAUUAAUCUGCGGGAUUUCACAGGCCAGAUUCCCGCCGGACGAAAGCCGCUUACAGAACAGAAGAUCUUAGUCGAGUUACAAAAAUUAUCCGCGCAUUUGGAGGAGGAAAGUGUCGCGAGGGAGAUGAAAGAGGACUGGCACUAUACAAUGGAAGUCUUCGAUAGAUUGUUCUUCGUUCUUUUCUUUAUCAUAUUUUGCGUCUUCGCGGCAUAUGUCUUUUCGUUUUUCUAAACUAAAACUGUACUUCAUGGAGUAUAGAACUGGUAGAACAGUUCAUUUCGUGUAAAUAAAGUUAAUUUAGUUUCGUUUCGUUAAUAAUUGCACUAGAUUCAAACAAAGAAACUAAUCAACUUUAAUUUUAAAAUAAAUUUAUCUCUCACAAUAUUUUAAUUGACGCGAAUUUGAUACGCACUACUGUAAAAUUAGUUUAACCUUUGUAUCUAAAUAACAUCUAGGCAUAUAUAAAAGAUUUUGCAAAACUUUUAAUGAAGUGUUUAUUGGUGGUUGUCCCUUGACAUUAAUUGUUCAGCUGAAAUAUGAUCAACUUUAGAAUCUCAAUCGUAAUUAUACGGUUUGACAACCUGCUCUACUAGAGAGAGGGACUUUCUAGUUCGGAUACAAACUACGGCAGCUUGUACAUCAGUACUACUUCAUUCUCAGUUUGAGAAUGUCUUAGGAAAGAGAAGUUAAGCUUCGUACUUGCUUCUCUCCUUGCUACACGUCCGCUAACUUCUCAAAAUACUUGGAUGCGGUUAUUGCUCAAAUCAGAGACGACAAUAUACCCAGUGUUGGGAGUAACCGCUACACUCUCAGGGAAAGACAGCUGACCAUCACCACUACCUUCCGAGCCGAUAGUCUUCACCAGUCUUCCAUCCAGCGUCACAAUCUGCAAACGAUGGUUUCCCAUAUCGGCCACAACCAGGUGACCACAGACAUCUAGUGCCAGACCUCUGGGAUGCGUAAACUGCAGCUCACGCGUGCCUUGAGAGCCCAUCUUCCUUCUGAAGCGGCCAUUCUUAUCAAAGAACUGCAAGCGAUGAUUCUUUGAAUCGGCCACGAUAAUACUUUCACUUUCUUUGUCGAUCAAAACAUAACACGGUGAAUUAAACUGGCCGUUCUUCUCACCAAACGAGCCAAAUUUUAGCACGAAUUUCCCCUCCGGACUGAAAAUUUGUAUUCGAUGAUUCUCCAUGUCGGCGACCAAGAUCUGUCUGGCGUCGUUCACAGCCACCCCCCAGGGGCUCUUGAACUGCCCGUUCCCAACUCCCUCGCGGCCAAAUUUGCCCAGAAAUGCACCCUCAUACGUGAGGAUCUGGACACGAUUGUUGCCAUUGUCGCACACAAUCACACGGUCAGCGGAGUCCACGGCCACAUCCGUAGGACAAUUGAACUCACCUGUGAAAAUAAUAUCAUAUAGUUGUUAUCAGUUGAUAUAAAAUCGCACCACACUGAACCAACAUUUACUUACACUUUGAAAUGAAACUUUAUCACUUUGAAAUUCUAAACUGUUUUCCCUAGAGAUACAGUAAGAGCCGUGACUUACCAAUCUAGCAUUACUACAGAAGAAAACCUAAACGAAACGAAACGAAACUCGCCUACUGAUCUAGUGUUACUACGGAGGAAACUUAAACUAAACUAAACGAUUCUAAACUAAACUAACUUUAAAACAGUAGCGAUUGAUACACCGGGUGGAAAGCGUAAUUUAAAAAUGCAAAUUAAAGCCCAGCAAAUGACUUUCAGACAAGACAUAACAAAAUAUAAAAUUUAUUGCUUAACGUUUGUUUGUAUUUUUUUAUUUUAUUUUAUUUUUUUUAUUUUAUUUUUUUUAUUUUUUUGUUGUUGUUUUUUUCGUUUUGUUGUUUCGUUGUACCGUUUUAAACUAUUUGUAUAUAUAUGAUACACGCUUGUAAAUAAGUUUAAUUGCUCUGAAGAUGUUGUGAACAAUACAACGAAACGUUAGCCAAUAAAUUUUAUAUUUUGUUAUGUCUUGUCUGAAAGUCAUUUGUUGGGCUUUAAUUUUCAUUUUUAAAUUAAACUAACUUUAUUUAUACUGGAUAGCUCCAACUGUUCUGAACUGUUCUCCUUGGACGUCCAGUAAGAGACAUCACUUACUAAUCUAGUGUUACUACAGGAGGAAAUCUAAUCUAAACUAACUCCAAACUCUAAACUAGUAAACUAACUUUUAUUUAUACUACUUUACUUAUAAUUUAUAUUGGAUAGCUUCAACAGUUCUAAACUGUUCUCCCUAGAGCUCUAUGCAGUAAGUCCAGUAAGAGAAAUCACUGCACUUAUUGACCUAGUGACACUACAGAAGGAAACCUAAACUAAACUAACUCUAUUUAUAAUAGAUAGUUCUAUCAGUG